GGUAGGAGACUAUUAUUUAGCGGAUUAGCUCUGGCAACAAGUAUAAGCAUAUUUAGUAUUUGGCUCACUAAUACAUCAACAGGUGUACUCGCAUUUUCAUGUCUAUUUACUGGGCUAUCUGGCGCCGCAUGGACCAUAUUAAAUGUAUGGACUUCUGAAUUAUAUCCAACACAGCUGCGAUCAACAUCAAAUGGUUAUAUCAAUUUUUGUGGUCGGAUUGGAGCCGUUAUAGGAACGAUGACAUUCGGUUUACUGUUGGGACUUGGUUGCAAGUUACCUAUUAUUAUUAUGGGCACUGCGUGCUUUAUAGCUGCAUCACUUGCAUUAUUUCUAUCGGAUACU